CCCGCUCGGCUCGAGAUCGCCGCCGUACUGCUGGCACCGUGCUGUGCACUGUGUGCGUGCGCACACGGAGCUGUUGGCCGCCGCGAGCUCCCAGCCGGCUGCUGCCAAGAACCGACAGCCCCUCGAUCACCUCCCUGCUGCUGCACACUGCCCGGGCGCUACGAUCCAAUUCAUAUCCCGAUAUAUAUAUAUAUAUAUAUACACCACGCCACGCCGAGUCGCCGACCAACCACUGCGACUAGCCCAGCCCCGGCCGUGCGUGUUGGUCCGUCGUCGACUCGUCGUCGUUCAAGCCUGUGUCUGUGAGCAGGGGAUCGAUGCUGCAGCAGGAGGUUCCGCCGUGCGCGUGCGGGCCGCGCUACGCCGGAGGCUGCGGCGGCAGGUGCGCGGCGUCGGCGCCGGCCUUCUCGCUGCUGUUCCCCAUGCCCAUGGCGUUGCCGCCGGAGCAGUGCUACUACUACCACGCGGAGGACGGCGGCCCGGUCGACUGCACGCUGUCGCUCGCCACGCCGUCCACGCGCCGGGCCGAGGCCGCCGGCGUUGUCCACGCGCGUGCGGGCGGUGGCGGUGGCGGUGCCGCCGUCUUGGUCGAGGAGCCACUCCAACAACAACAAGAAGGCUCGCCGCCCCGGCGGUGCGCCAACUGCGACACCGCGUCGACGCCGCUCUGGCGGAACGGCCCGCGGGGACCCAAGUCGCUGUGCAACGCCUGCGGGAUACGGUACAAGAAAGAGGAGCGGCGCGCCGCGGCGGCGGUGGCGCCAGCGCCGGCGACACAGGACAGCGGGGGCUGGCUGUACGCGUGCGGCGGCUACGCUCGACCGCCGCAGCAGCAGCAACAGCAGCAGUGGGGAUGCUACGGGAAGUCAGUGGCGUCCUACGGGAUGUACGGUGGUGACGGCGUCGUCGACGCGGACGGGCCCUGCCUGUCGUGGAUGCUCAACGUCGUGCCCUCCUCGCCGGCGUUCGCCGUCCCGGAGAGGCACACUUUGUUCCAGUAUUACUAGCAGCACUAGGCUAGGCUACUGAGAAGAGAGAGUAGUAGUACGUUACGUAGUAGUGAUUUUGUUACCAGCAAUGAGAUCAGAAUCAGAUCCCCACAAAAGUUGCAUUGUACUGCUAGACCGACCAUCAACGUGCAAGUUUGGAAGAA